GCUGUGGAGCUAGCAGCAGAGGACACACCGCCUGCCCCCCAGCCUCCCGGUCCUGCCUGCCUGCUGGAGGAAUGUUCUGAAUGCAUCCUCUUCCCUUCCAACAACCAGCCUCUUGUGAAAAUACUUGGCAGAGCUGCCUGAGCAGAGCUCCAAAGCCACUGUUUUUUUGCUGCUGUUGCCAUGGUGAUGCAAGGAGGGGCUUAGGGAGGGGUUGAUGGAAUUGAUUUAAAUAAACAUUUUUGAAAGGUGUAGGCCUACCCUAGUCAACCUACAGGAAUAUGUGUGUGUGUAGUGGUGUAGUUCUGUGUCUACAGUGUGUUUUGACGGCAUGAUUGAGUGGAGGGAAUUGAGAUAGGAGAAACGCUGAUUGUUAAAUAAAUUGCACCUUGUGAGCAUGCACUGCAUCAAAAGUUCAACACUAACUUUUCUGGUAAACAGCACGACAUAGUCGAUUUAUCCCAACCUUCUGCAUUCACAUGCCCCCUUGAUCAACUCUUUGAUCUCAUUGACAAAUGUUGAGUUUAAUGUUUGGGUAUAGCAUAGGCUAUGUGAUGCAGUUUGAAAGUGUCCUAACCCAGUAGAGUUUAGAUAUGCCAACGCUACUAAAUGGCUUGAUGUCAUUUUUCAAUGCAUAGGUGCUCUUGUUUAUUAAAAAGCUCUUUGUCAAAGCUUUUUUGUUCUAACCCAGUGUUUCUCUGUGUCUCUUUAGCCUUUCUUCAGACUUCUGAACCUGCGGAAGCUGGGUCUGAGUGACAAUGAGAUCCAGAGGCUCCCUCCUGAGGUGGCCAACUUCAUGCAGCUGGUGGAGCUCGACAUUUCCAGAAACGGUGCGUGCGCAUGCGCACACACACACACACACACACACACACAAACAGGCUGGCGGUUUGCGGCCCCCUCUGCUGGGGUCAAAACCAGGUUCAAUACCAGCAUACAGUCGGCAUGCGUGCAAAUUACCACCAUAAACAGACACCUAUUUUAACCACCCAGUAAUUCAUAUAAAAUGCUGCGAAACAUCACUUCCAGAGAACCAACAAAGACCUAGAGCAAAAACCUGCAUUCAUGGGCAGACAAGCUUAACAAAAUACAAGCAAGUAGGCAAAAGUCUAAUAGACCAAUAGAAACUAGGGCUGUCCCGACAAAAAAAUAUAUACGUUGACCGAGAGUCAUCUGUUCUUUCGAACAAUCGAUUGGUCGAAAUGUAAAACGUGUAUUUUUUCAUAUAUAGACACACCCUAUGUGUUUUAAUAAAAUCAACUAUGCACUGAGCUUGUCUAAAACUUUAAGGGCACUGUUUGAUUAAAUAAUGAAUACAUAAAUGACUCAAGAGGGAGCCAGAGACCAAGAUAGCCUAACCAGAAGAAAAAAAACUGUUCCCGACCCACUUCCUGCUGGCCUUCGCAGAUUCUGCCGUUACGCUCCUGAAGUGGCUGGUAAUGGGCUACACCAGGGGUCGGCAACCUUUUUCCAUGUGGAGUGCCAAUUUACUAUUUAUCUUACAAUUUCUACCAAUCUGCGUGCCAGUUGUGAUUUUCAUAUGUACAUUUUCGUGGAAUAUUGAAAUUAUAAUUAUAAUGGUUCUAUUUCCAACUAGGGAAAAAAUGCCUACAUAACGCCUACCAAUAAAAACAUUGCAGGUAGAAAAUAUCCUGAUAUAAAUAAAUAUCCUAUGAAACACAUUUGGCAACGCAUGGAGGUUUGUUCAUUUUCAUCAAUUGCAUUCAUCUCUCUACUCUACCUGUCUGCAACAAACAUAAAACAUUGUGUCCACUAUAAACUGGGUAGGCUACAGCCAGCAGCUGGUGCUUGCAAACUUGCAACAAUGUAUAAACUGUUCUGGGCCCUCAGUUUCCUGCUACAGUGAGCUCCAGACAGACACAGCUGUACAGUGCAUUCAGAAAGUAUUCAGACCCCUUGACUUUUUCCACAUUUUGUUUUGUUACAGCCUUAUUCUAAAAUGGAUUAAAUUGUUAUUUUUUUCUCAAGCUACACACAAUAACCCAUAAUGACAAAGCAAAAACAGGUUUUUAGAUUUUUUUGCAAAUGUAUUAAAAAUAAACAUUAAAAUAUCACAUUUACAUAAGUAUUUAGACCCUUUACUCAGUACUUUGUUAAAGCACCUUUGGCAGCGAUUACAGCCUCGAGUCUUCUUGGGUAUGAUGCUACAAGCUUGGCACACCUGUAUUUGGGGAGUUUCUCCCAUUCUUCUCUGCAGAUUCUCUCAAGCUCUGUCAGGUUGGAUGGGGAGCGUCACUGCACAGCUAUUUUCAGGUCUCUCUAGAGAUGUUCUAUCGAGUUUAAGUCCGGGCUCUGGCUGGGCCACUCAAGGACAUUCAGAGACUUGUCCCGAAGCCACUCCUGCGUUUUCUUGGCUGUGUGCUUAGGGUUGUUGUCCUGUUGGAAGGUGAACCUUCGCCCCAGUCUGAGGUCCUGAGAUUAUAAAUUUUUUUGAUAAAUUUUGGAAUAAGGCUGUAACGUAACAAAAUGUGGAAAAAGUAAUGGGGUUUGAAUACUUUCCAAAUGCACUGUAAACCCCCCUACAAAUCAAUGGCAGAAGUCAAUUCCGCCCUUGAUCAUUUACGUCAAACCGAUCUCAAAUGGUUUCUCAUUCUGCAACUCAGCACAUACACACCACACACAUACUCGCACACAAUGGAAAUAGUCGUUGCCCUCUCGUGUCCUUGGUGUUCAUAUCAUAUAGCGGGUGACAGGAAAAGCAGUAUACAGUAUAGAUAUAUCUGACUGUGCUCCCCCCUCUCUAAUCUGUCUCUCUGUCUGUCUCUGUCCGCAGACAUUCCCGAGAUCCCCGAGAGCAUUAAGUUCUGCAAGGCAUUGGAGAUUGCAGACUUCAGUGGAAACCCCCUCUCCAGGUUAGUGGAUCAGUCCAGUGUCACCUCUCUCUCUGCUGUUGCCUUUGUGGAAAUGCCUUUGAGAUAUAUGGGGGAGGUCAUUGUCAUACGUGUGCCAUGUGGUGAUUAUUUCCUUCUUUCCAUAAUGGCCUGAAGAUAAACAGCGCAAAACAAUGAAGCGAAUGUGCAACGAACUGUGCAGAUAGUGGUCUCCCAGAUGUGUCAAAGGCUCAGAGCAGGCCCUUUCUCAGUAUUAGAUUAUGUACAGUACAUUAGCAAAACACCUCGAGGAGAACAAGGCUUUGUGAGGCUACAGUAUGCUGUUCUCUGACCCAGAAACUACAUUAAAGCCCCAGUGCAGUCAAAAACGUGAUUUUUCCAGUGUUUUAUAUAUAUUUCCACACUGAGGUUGGAAUAAUACUGUGAUAUAGUGAAAGUGAUGAUAAUGCCCUUUUAGUGUAAGAGCUGUUUGAAAAGACCGCCUGAAAAUUUCAGCCUGUUUUGGUGGGUGGAGUUUUGGCCUGCAUGGUGACAUCACGGUUAAUUAGUUAAUAGACCAAUAAGAAAGAGUUCCGAGCCUCUCUGCCAAUAACAGCUAGUUUUCAGUUUUCCCCUCCCCACUCAGACCACUCCCAGACAGUCCUAGCAAAAUUGUUGCUUGAGAAAUUAUAUGAUAUUGAGGGGAAAAAACUGUUGCGUUGGACCUUUUGACAUGGCGUUUAAGUAUACUGUAGAAGUGUAAUGCUCGGCAAGGCAAACAUCUCCCUGCUUUGACUUCUCCUAUAGAAUAGGAAAGGAACUGUUGGCAGGAGUGGUGGUGAUGAGUGCUUUGUCAGAUGGAUCUGGCCACAUACGGUGCAUCCCAAAUGGCACCCCUUUCCCAUAUAGUGCACUACUAAGAAGUGCACUGUAAAGGGAAUAGGGUGCUAUUUGGGAUGCAUCCAUAGGCAGGGGAGGCGGCUAUUCCAACUGCUUCAAAGGCUGAUGUUAAAGGGCCAUUGAGAAAGAACGACCUUCUUUCUCUAACCAUUUUGUCACCCUCUCUCUCUCUCGCUCUCUGUCUUUCUCUCCAUCGGUUUUCCUCGCUUCCUUUCUGUCCUCAUCACCAGGUUGCCUGAUGGUUUCACUCAGCUCAGAGGGCUCGCCCACCUGGCACUCAAUGACGUGUCGUUGCAGACACUGCCCAACGACAUAGGAAAGUAAGUACACACUUCGACACAGGUUUCCUUCUUACUCUAAACAUUCAACCUCCUCGUUCUGUAAAAUAGCAGACCUUGGUAAAGGUGUAAUUACAUGACACAGUGGGCUCUCAGACAGACAGACUGACUGCUCUGCGUGACCGGUUGGACGAGACCAAUCGCCAUGCCAAUCAGGACCAACAGACCCUCCAUCUGACUAACUCCUUCUCCUCCCUCUCUCCUCCUCCCUCCUCUCCUCCUCCUCCUCCUCCUCCUCCUCCUCCCCUCUCUCCUCCCUCCUCCUCCUCCUCCUCCUCCCCUCCUCCUCCCUCUCUCCUCCUCCUCUCCCUCCUCCUCCUCUCCUCCUCCUCCCUCUCUUCUCCUCCCUCCUCCUCUCCUCCUCCUCUCCUCUCUUCUCCUCCCUCCUCUUCUCCUCCCUCCUCUCUCCUCCUCCUCCCUCCUCUCUCCUCCUCCUCCAUCCCUCUCUCAUCCUCCCUCCCUCUCUCCUCCCUCUCUCCUCCCUCUCUCCUCCUCUCUCUCCUCCUCCCUCUCUUCUCCUCCCUCCUCCUCUCCUCUCUCCUCCUCCUCCCGCUCUCCUCCUCCUCUCCUCCCUCUCUCCUCCUCCUCCCUCUCUCCUCCUCCUCCCUCUCUCCUCCUCCUCCCUCCCUCUCUCCUCCUCCUCUCCUCCCUCUCUCCUGCAGCCUGGCCAACCUGGUGACGCUGGAGCUCAGGGAGAACCUGCUCAAGUCCCUGCCCACGUAAGUGCCCUCUUUAGCCUGGCGUAGUCCCCAGCCACCCUCCAUGCUAGGGAAGGUGGUUAUAUCCUAGAAAGGAGCCCUUGAUGAUAUGACUGGUGAUUUGAAGCACAUUAGUAUAUCUGUUCACUAGCAAACAACAUUAUUUGCUCCCUUCACUAUGGAUACAGUUGUUGUGAGAGGGACAGACUGUAAAUGUGAUUGCUGAAUGACCAGCUUAUCAUGUGUGUGACUGUGUGGGAGUGUGUGUCAAUGAUUGGGCGUGAUGGUUAGCAUAUCUGGUCCCGACUGUAACAGUCCAGAUGUCGUCUUCAAAUACAUUAUUGAUGUAUUUAUAUAUAGAUUAUAAAUAUAUUCAACGCUGGGUGCGUUUCAACGAGACUGUGUCAUCUGUGAGUGUGCAGUAGUCCCCGUUACUUCAGUGUUUCUAUGAUUGAUGUGUUUCUCUCACUUAUCCAGGUCACUCUCUUUCCUGGUGAAACUGGAACAACUGGACCUGGGCAGCAAUGAACUGGAUGUGUUGGUAAGAACAAGCUCUAAAUAGCACUGUUCCCUAUACUGUGCACUACUUUGGAUCAGCGCCCAAGAGCCCUGGAACCAAAGUGGUUAACUACAUAGGGAAUAGGGUGGCAUUUGCAGCAUGACAAUAACUCACAUUCUCAACAUGCAUGGAGGCCAUACAAAUAUACACCCGCCUUGAGCCUGGUUUAUGCUGUACCACAAAAACACAUCUUACAUACAAGCUGGUUAGAUAUACAGCUUACAGGACAUACCACACAGGAUCAUACACCCUGGUUGUCCAGCAGGGUUGGGGUACAGAGUUUCUAAGCCCAGAGGCCCAACAUCGCGAGACUUUCGGGAACGCUUGUGAAGCAAACUCUGCAGACCAGACCAGGGUUUGGGGUUUGAGAAGUCGAUGAGAGAAGUGAAAAAUGAUUCCUUAAUUUUCUAGAUUUCUAAAGGGCACAACAUUCAAACUGAUGUUUUUAAGUAGAUGAACAUGUCAUUACUACAACCACGUGAAAGUGUCACACUGACACUUUUAUUUAUUUUUUGUCAAAAACAACUUUAUAUCGGAAGAGUGCCUUUCAUUUGUGGAGUUUAGAGCGAGAUGACGUGUUUCUGCGGAUGAGCUUAGCUAGCCAACGUCGCCAUGACAUCGCCUACAAGUGUGAUACGGGAUUUCUAUUGGAGAAGCAGUUUCUACAUAUCUUCAUACUAAACCAUCUUUGGUUGGGGUCAAUUCGAAUUGAAGUCAGUCAAUUCAGGAUGUGAUUUGAUUUUAAAAUCCAGAAAAACGUUUGACAUAGCUUCUCCUUUUCAGUUUAUUGAGAAGUCAUUGAAUAUAGAUGCACAUUUUAUUUAUUUAUGGGAAUUUAAGUUUACUUCCUGAAUUGACUGCCUUCAAUUUGAAUUGACCUCAACCCUGAUGUCCAGCACGUGCGGGCGUGCACGGACACACACACACACAUCACUCUACCCAAGCACCCAUCUAACCCACAUAUCUAGCCCACAAACAAACACACAUGCUUGGAACUGGUCUGUUGGACAUUAGGGCCCCUGCGUGCUAUGAAUGCGUCCCACAUGGCACCCUAUUCCCUAUAUAGUGCAUUACUAUGGUCCCUGGCCAAAAGUAGUCUCCUAUGUAGGGAAAAAGGGAUAGGGCCCUGGUCAAAUGUAGUGCGCUCUGUAGGUAAUAGGGUGCCCUUGACUCCUGCUUCUUUUAGCAUGGGAACGCCUGCCUGGCUAGUAGUCUCAAUGGGACAGGGUAAACAAUGCCUGCUGUGAUGAGAAGGGCGUAGGCUGCUGCCUGAAAGCCUGGCUGCCUGCCUGUCAAUACUGUACAUUGCUCAACCCUCACAGGCAUACUAGUCUUUAAUGUAAUGCAUCGCUCAGAUACAAUCUGGGGUCAUUUGACAGGUUUUGUGUUCUCUGGGAUUGGUUCCCAAUGCCUUUUUUGGAGUCCAAAUUAAUUGCCCCUCCGGGAUAAAUCGUUUUUUUUAAUUGAAUUGGAGCAGGAUACAGGCUAAGGGCAAGCAUCUUGUUUUUGAUAGAAACAUGCUUUGUUCUGUGUGGUUUGUGGGCAUAGAAAACAGGCGCUGUGUGUGUGUGUGUGUGUGUGUGUGUGUGUGUGUGUGUGUGUAUGAUCGUUUGUGUUGUCAGGUGAAUCUUGCCCCUUCACACAACCAUUUGGGGACCCCAGAGUAGAGCGGUGGUAUUUGGGGCAUAUGAUGUGUGAUUAUGUAUCCGCCCCCUCUCCCCUUCCCAAACGAUGCAUAUUUAAGUACAGUGGAUGGUGCACGUUUGUUCCCACUCUAGAAGCAGAGCAAAGACGACACACUUCGGCCUCUCUGUUUACCUUUCUCCUCUCUCUUUUUUUCCUCCCUCAAUCUCUAACAGCCGGACACACUUGGUGCUCUCCCUAACCUACGGGAGCUGUGGUUGGACCGCAACCAGCUCUCCUCGUUGCCACUAGUGAGUAUUGUCCUGGCUUGGCAUCCAUGUCAUUCUUAUUCGCUUACAACCAGAACAUUGCUCAGUAUGAAAUAGGCUUGGGCGGUAUACUGGGAUAUUUGGAAGUAGCCACAGGAUGGUUUUUCAAUACCGUUGAAACAAUUGCUUUGACGUUUUAUUUUUAUACAUUUUGAAUAUUUGUAGAUACUUUUUAAGUAAAUAGCUGCAGUCAACUUAUGCAAUACGUUAGGAGAUAAAGAAGAUUGCAUUCUUCAUUUUACCGGUAGUCCCCAGUCACGUGGUGUUUGUUUACAAGCACAAGGAGAGACCAGAGCCUUGUGAGUCACUCACUGUUGUGCAGCAUGCACCAGGUGACCUAGUUACAGUAUGGUUACAGUAUGCUUGCCGGCUAGAUACUGUAUCUUAUACCUAUUAAGUAAACUGUCUAAAAUGUGCUAAAUGCUCUGCAGUUGAGCAUUUAGUUUGCUCAUUUAGUAGCUAGUUAGCUAACUAGCUAAGUGGUUAGCUUCUUCCAAAAUCAAUCUUUGCUUGGUAGUAGCAGAGAGUCGCCUCCUGGAUCAAGAGCCUUGCUGUUUAGUAUUGGUUUUGUGCACGCAACUAUGAGUAGCAUUGAGUUACUAAGCCGGGACGUCUGUCCUGGAAAUACUUUAGGUCAGAGACUGUAUAAAAUGUUCGCAAUGUGCUCGUUAACAUUUAGUUAGCAUUCUUUAUGGGAUUGUACAUGUGCUUGUUGGCAUUGCUAACCUUCGGAUUACAGAGGAUCAGUGGGGUUUGAAAAUAGCACCCCUUGUGUCCUGUGCCGGUAUUACGCAAAUCUCGGUAUGGCACAAGGUCGGUAUGAAUGUAUGACAAUCUGGAUACCGCCCAAGCCUAGUAUGAAACCUACCACAUAUAUUUCAGUGAGAGUAUUCACACUAAAAACAACAUUGCUUUGUGUGUUUGUCUGUAGGAGCUGGGGAACCUGCGGAGGCUGGUGUGUCUGGACGUUUCGGAGAACCGCCUAGAGGAGUUGCCCUCAGAGCUCAGCGGCCUGCUGGCCCUCACUGACCUGCUGCUCACACAGAACCUCCUGGAGGUGGUCCCUGACAGCAUAGGUGAGGGAGAGAGAGAGAGAUGGGAGAGAGCGGGGAGGUAGAUAGGGAGAGAGGGAGGAAAGGUUACCUGAUGGCAUUCGCUGGCCCUUUUUGUACGGUGCCUUAUUCACCUGAACUGAUUUACACAGUAGCUUCAUUGUCAGACUAAACAGAGUUUUUCAAAGUACUUUGUCAAGGUAGAAAGAGGAGGAAGGGAAGCGCUACUAAGGUACACAGUAGUAGAUGUUGGUAGACAGAAGGUGCUCUUUGGUCAACAAAAAGAAAGGAGGACCAAGGCACUCUUCAUAUAAUUAAUUAAAAUACCUUUAUUAGUAUGGCAUGUUCAAUAGAAAGAAGAUUUUUUUUUUCAUCUUGACGCGUUUCGGCUGCAUGGCCUUUGUCAGGUGUGCUAGUAGACCCAUGGCCAUUGGGCAUUUUCAUUGCUUGGAUGUAAUAGAAGGUAAUGCACAAACAACCAUACUGCCCCCUACUGGGGAAAUGAUAUCUAUAAACUGACUCAAAGGCUUGUAAUGGUGAUUGACCUGGGUCGUGUUCAUUAGGCACCAUAUGGACAAAAACAGACCAAAAAAAAAGGGACCCGAACUUGUCCAAUAAGAAACACGUUUUAAUUUUCCGUUACAAAACAUUUUUCUACUGUGUGCAGACUGUGCGCUAAUGAAUAUGACCCAGGUGACUAAAUGGUGUUUGUUGUGUUUCUAGGCUCUCUGAAGCAGCUGUCCAUCCUGAAAGUGGACCAGAACCGACUGACCCACCUGAGUGACUCCAUAGGAGAGUGUGAGAACCUGACGGAACUCGUACUGACCGAGAACCUCUUACAGGUACACAACCGUUGCAUUUAGAACCCAUUUUAGAACCAUAGUUCUCUGGCUCAGAACAAAUGUACAGUACUAUACGUGUCUUGGCUGGGAGUCUCGGAACAUGUCCUUUCAAUAACUCCCUUGAGAUGCAUAAUUUUUUAUGUCCAUUCAAUUAUUCAUUUUUAAUUAUUGUUAUUUUUUAAUCUAUAGACUCUGCCUCGCUCGCUGGGCAAACUGAAGAAGCUGACCAACCUGAAUGUGGACCGCAACCGGCUGGGCGGCGUGCCUGAUGAGCUGGGCGGUUGUGCCAGCCUCAACGUGCUCUCCCUCAGAGACAACCGCGUGGCCAAACUGCCCGCCGAGCUGGCUGACGCCACCGAGCUCCACGUUCUGGACGUGGCAGGGAACAGGUAACCCCUCUACACCCCAUAUAGGUCCCGCAAAUCACUGGUGUUGGUAGACUUCUCUCCUGUAACAACGUAUCUAGUGACUCCACUUCUCAAGUAGUCCGAGCUUUGCUUGAUCCUUUAUCAAGUCUCUAAUAAUAAAAUUAAUGCAAUUUAGCAGACUCCUUUUUUUCCCCCCAAAGUGACUUACAGUAGUGCAUGCAUAUAUUUUCAUAUGGGUGGCCCCAGCAGGAAUGGAGCCCAUGAUCCUGACGUUGCAAACGCAGUGUUCUACCAACUGAGCCACACCGGACUAUUCUUCAGAAGAGUACUUUCCAUAUGUUUUUUCCCAUGUUGUUGUGGUGUCCCCAGGUUACAGAACCUGCCGUUUGCCCUGGCCAACCUCAACCUGAAGGCCAUGUGGCUGGCAGAGAACCAGUCCCAGCCCAUGCUCAAGUUCCAGACGGAGGACGACGACAGCACCGGGGAGAAGGUGCUCACCUGCUACCUGCUGCCCCAGCAGCCCUCCCCCAGCCUGGGUGAGUUAGCCCUACACCUACCUCUUGAUGGACAUCAUCUUCCUCCUCCUCUCUCACUACCUCUAUCACGCUCUGUUCUCCAUCUCAACCUUUUCCUGGGCUAUUCACUAUUUACCAUCUUAACCGCCCUCUCCUCCUUCACUGCGUAUCAUCUUCCAUUUACUUCCUCUUAACAUAGGAGCUGCACUGGGGUGUUGCAAAAUCAGUCGUUUUUUUUUAACCUGUGACGCUGGAAACGUAACUUUUGGCCAGCGCGAGCAGGGCGCAAGCCACUUUAUCAAGUUAUCAGGCGUGAGCUGCGUAUCGAAAUCUUGAAAAUAGAACCAGAUUGUAAUUUUUUCACUGAGCAGCACGUUCCUCUCCCAGAGUCGUUCUUGCUCUCCUGUCACUCUCAACCCAAAUGUUCUUAAGAUCACUUCUCAUAACUCCCCUGUACCACAAAGAUUACCGUUUUAAUCCAGGAAAAGUGAUUCUCUUGUUAGCUGCUGGAAGGUCCCACCUGUUUUGUAACCCAGUCCCUCUCUCCAUCCUGUCUCCCUACAGAGAACCUGCUGCAGAACAGUGUGGACGAUAGCUGGAUAGACAGCAACCUGAAC